AUAGAAGAAGAAUGUUUGCCUAACUUCAUUGUCUCGCAUGUAACUUGUGUGUAAGACCACAGUCCAUGUUAACUAUAUCUUACAAUUUUUGUUGAAAUAACUUUUAAUUAAUUCUAAUUUGAUAUAAUACGGACAGAAUGGAUAAGAAUCAGAAAGUUAUUAAGGAUGAAAUCGAUAUUCGCGAUGAUUCUAUUUGGAAUACGAAUGUUAAACAAGAAUUAAGUGAUGAAAAACAUUUUGUCGCUUUUCAAAAUGUAGAUAUAAUUAAUAUGCAUCCUAUUAAACAAGAAAUAAGUGACGAUUUAAACACAGUUCAAGUAUUUGAAGAUUUUAUCGUGGCCGUAAAAAAAGAGGAAAACUUUAAUAUAGUUGAUAAACCCAAUAAUCAAAAGAAAUUUAAAUCUUUGAGAAUAAAAACUGAAAAGGGAACUAAAUCACGAGUGUUGUUAAAAAAUGGAAAACAUCUUAAUCUGAAUACUAUUAAUGGGAUUAUAAUCUGUGAGUUAUGUGGAAAUUUAUACACAAAACGAAUCGAAAUCUUUUGGCACUUUUCCACAAGUCAUUGUAUGAAACAGGAAUUUUACCAGAAAAAUGAAUGUUGUAGAAAAAAUCGAACAAUAGAAUCUGCUGUUAACAGUAAUGUGAAAAAUGACAUUGAAACUGUUAAGGAUGGUUGGAAAAACGAAAAAUCUGAUAAUUCCAAGUCAAGUAUAUGUGAUGGUCAGAAGAAAAAUGAUUUAAAUGCAAGCAAAAACUCAUUCAAUUGUGACAUUUGCUUGAAAAGUUUUCCACGAAAAUAUAGUUUAAACAAACAUUCACGUAUUCAUACAGGGGAAAAGCCUUUUAAAUGUGACAUUUGUUUGAAAUCAUUCCUACGGAAAUUUCAUUUGAUUGAACAUUUGUGUACACACACAGGAACCAAAAAAUUUAAGUGUGAUAUUUGUUUAAAAAAUUUUGCUCAGAAAGGUGGUUUGAAGACACAUUUGCGUAGUCACACUGGAGAAAAGCCAUUCGAAUGUGAUAUUUGUGCAAAAACUUUUACACAGAAAGGUAGUUUGAUGGAACAUUUACGUAAUCACACAGGAGAAAAGCCGUUUAAAUGUGAAAUGUGUUUGAUAAGUUUUUCACGAAAAUCGUGUUUGAAAAAACAUUUGAUAACUCACAAAGAAGAAAAGACAUUCAAAUGCGACAUUUGUUUAAAAAGUUUUUUCCAUAAAUUUAAUUUUAAUAUACAUUUGAAAAGCCAUUCAAUAGAAAAACUAUUCAAAUGUGAAAUCUGUUCAAAAACAUUUUUACAUAAACAUCAUUUAAACAGACAUUUACGUAGUCACACAGGAGAAAAGCCGUUUGAAUGUGAUAUUUGUUUGAGAAAGUUCACACAGAAAUCUUCUCUGAAAAUACAUUCAAUUUCUCACGAAACAGAAAAACCGUUCAAAUGUGAAAUUUGUUUGAAAAGUUUUUCACAUAAAUUUACUUUUAAUACGCAUUUGCAAAGUCAUACAAAAGAAAAGCUAUUCGAAUGUGAAAUCUGCUUGAAAAUUUUUUUGCAUAAGCAUCAUUUAAAUAGACAUUUGCGCAUUCACACAAAGGAAAAGCCAUUUAAAUGUGACAUCUGUUCAAAAAUUUUUUCACAAAAUUCUAGUAUGAAAAGACAUUUGCUUGGACACACUGCAGAUAAUUCACACAAAUGUCACAUUUGUUCAAAGACUUUUUCCCAGAAAAUCAAUUUGAAUACACAUUUGCUAAGUCACACAGGAGAAAAACCAUUCAAAUGUGAAAUUUGUUCGAAAAGUUUUUACCGAAAAUCUUCUUUGAAAACACAUUCAGUUACUCACAAAGAAGAAAAGCCUUACCAAUGUGACAUUUGUUUUAAAAGUUUCUCACAAAAAAUUCAUUUGAAUACACAUUUUAUAAGUCAUACAAAAGAAAAGCUAUUCAAAUGCGAAAUCUGCUUGAAAAGUUUUUUACACAAACAUCAUUUAAAUAGACAUUUGCUUAGUCACACAGGAGAAAAUCCAUUCAAAUAUGAGUGUUGAGAGCUUAUACUUACACUAUUAAAUAACUUAAAUCAAAAUUAAAUUUGCGAAUAAUGAAUACAAACAAGUGACUUCUAAUAUUUAUUCAACUCUGCUUCUUUUUUACACCUUGCCGGUCUAGCGACCAACACGCAACCAGGCGACGUUGCCGCCUUUACAAGUAAAUAUAAAUUCUUAACGUAAUAAAUAAAAAUGUAUUGAGCACAAACAAUAAGAUUUGUUAAAAAAACUUCAUCAAGCUGUAUAAGAAAAUAUAAUUAUUUUAAUUUUGUAAUAGUUCUUGUACCAGUCCUUUAUUUGGUGCACGUUAAACUUGGAAAAAAAUAGAGUUUUCAGUACACACAAAUUUCGAAUGUAUAAAAACUACUUUAAUAUUUUUUUUACAGUGUUGCUAAAAAAUGGAAAACAUCUUAAUCUGAAUAUUAUUAAUGGGAUUAUAAUCUGUGAAUUGUGUGGAUUAUUAUAUGCGAAACAAAUCGAAUUCCUUUGGCACUUUUCCACAUGUUAUUGUAUGAAGAAUGAAUCUUGUAGAAAAAAAGGAACGACAGACAGUGCUGUUAACAAUAAUGCGAAAACUGAAAUUGAAACUGUUGAGGAUGGUUGGAAAAUCGAAAAAUAUAAUAGAAAAUGUGAUAAUUCCAAGUCAAGUAUAUGUGGUGGUCAAAAGAUAAAUGAUUUAAACUUAUUCGAAUGUGACAUUUGUUCCAAAACUUUUUCACGAAAAUACAGUUUAAAUAAACAUUCACGUAUUCAUACAGGGGAGAAGCCUUUUAAAUGUGACAUGUGUUCGAAAUCUUUCUUAUGGAAAUUCAAUCUGAUUCAACAUUUGUGUGUACAUACGGGAGAAAAAAAAUUCAAGUGUGAUAUUUGUAUGAAAAAUUUUUCUCAGAAAGGUGGUUUGAAGACACAUUUGCUGCUUCACACAGGAGAAAAGCCAUUCGAAUGUGAUAUUUGUGCAAAAACUUUCACACAGAAAGGUAGUUUGAUGGAACAUUUGCGUACACACACAGGAGAAAAACCAUUCAAAUGUGACAUUUGUUUGAGAAGCUUUUUACGGAAACCUUGUUUGAAAAAACAUUUGAUAACUCACAAAGAAGAAAAGACAUUCAAAUGUGACAUUUGUUUGAAAAGUUUUUUCCAUAAAUUUAAUUUUAACAUACAUUUGAAAGGCCAUAAAAAAGAAAAAUCAUUUAAAUGUGAAAUCUGUUUAAGAAAAUUUUCACAUAAACAUCAAUUAAAUAGACAUUUGCGCGUUCACACAAGGGAAAAGCCAUUUAAGUGUGACAUCUGUUCGAAAACUUUUUCACAGAAUUAUAGUUUGAAAAUACAUUUGCUUGGACAUACUGCAGAUAAUUCACACAAAUGUCACAUUUGUUCAAAGACUUUUUCCCAGAAAAUCAAUUUGAAUACACAUUUGCUUAUUCACGCAGGAGUAAAACCAUUCAAAUGUGAAAUUUGUUUGAAAAGUUUUUUACAUAAACAUCAUUUAAAUAGACAUAUGCGUAGUCACACAGGAGAAAGGCCGUUUAAAUGUGACAUUUGUUCAAAAACUUUUACACAAAAAAAUAAUUUGGAUAGACAUUUAAUUAAUCACACAGAAAAAAGGCCUUUCAAAUGUGACAUUUGUUUAAAAUGUUUUUCCCAGAAAUAUAAGUUGAAAAAACAUUUACUUAGUCACGGUGGAGACUAACAAUUGUGACUUUUGUUUAAAAACUUUUUUAUAUAAAAAUAGUUCAAAAUUACAUUUGAGAAAAACCAUUUCACCAGGAAUUUCAAUAAAAUUAUUGUUAAUUGUAAUUGUGCAAGUUGAGUUUUUAUCUAUAAAUAUGAAGAAGUAUUGUAAGAAAUUGGAAGUCUAGUAAUGAAUCUGUUAUAGAAGCUCGAAAUUUGUAAUUUUUCACUAUUAAAUAAAUUUGCUUUUUUAAAAAUAGAGUUUUAGAAGACAAAAACGUGAUUUACAUAAAGUCCAGUCAUUAUAUGGGUUGACUUCAGAAAAUCGAGGUGAAUGCUUACCAACAACAACUUGUUAAUGCACAAUCCAAGGCUCGGAAACUCUCUGGGGCGGAUGCC